AUGCGUCUGUUGUUGGAUGCCAUCGUGGCCUUGGCUCUUACCCACGCCCACUGGAGCUCGGCUGUGGCCGCCACGCUGCCGAACAACUAUGGAUCAGCAGAGCAUGCCGAGAUACGCAUCAGGAAUGCGUGUGUGCACGAUGCCAUUGAGGUCAAGACUGCAGCUGGAACCGCGGGCACUGUUGCUGCGCUGCUGGCGUGCCACGAUGCGCAUGACGUUCCAUCCUUCAACCAGCUGCAGGUUGCUGUCAUGUUUUGGUACAACGAGGAGUGGGGCGACCCCGAGGACUGCGCUUACCGCGCGAUGGAGCGAGUGCAAGCCGGCAAUGCCGCCUGGGCAGCUGGUCCGACUGAUGCUGCGGCGGUGUCGGCUGCGGCAGAAGUCCACGAGUUGCGCCGCCAGCUCGUUCAGGUGUCGGCGCAGGAAGCGGAGACGCGUGGCUAUGCGAUCAGCACUGAGCUGUGCAUGGCACAAGUAGAGGGCCACAGGCAGGACUUGCAGGCGGCGCUGGCCAGCUCCCAGGCCGGGGUCGCGGAGCUGGAGCUGUGCAUGAGGUCGCUACGUGCGCAGACGGCAGCUGAGCGGGACCGAGCGUCAGCAGCGCAGGGCCAGGCUGAGGCGGCACGGACGGCGCAGAGCGAGGCACAGGCGGCAGCGGCAGCGGCAGAGGAGCGUGCUGAGCAGCUGGAGGAAGCGUUGGCCAGGGCAGUAGGGGAGUCUCUGCAGGCACAGCUGUGCUGCGAGGAAGAGGGCAGGCGCGCCGAGAAGGCACAGGCGGCUGCCGUACUGCUGGAGGCACCGAAGAUUGUUGAAGGGGCGGCCACUCUUCUGGCAAUGGCCCAGCACGAGCACAAGGCGCGGCAGGACCAGCUCAAGCAGCGCUGGCACAGCGGGAUUGGGAAGCGCAGCAGGCGCAGCAGGAGCAGGCGGGCGCCAUCAUUGAGCUGGAGGUGGGCAGGGCUACAGGCAGGGGUGGGCCAAGUGCGCCAGCAGGUGGAGCUGCUGGCGGAUGGAGAGCGGGAGCGGCAGGGCUUGAUGCAUGAGCUGCACUUGGCCAAGGCAGACUGCACGGCACUGGAGGAAAUGGCUGCAGGCGUGCGCGGCGAGCUGGCAAUGCGUCGCUCUGAGCUGGCCGCCGAACAGCAGGCGGCGGCUGAACAGCGUGGCGCUGCGGCUGCCGCGGCCCAGUCGUUGGGCCAGCAGUGCGAGCGGCAGGCGGCGCAGGUGGCCAGCCUGCGGUCGCGGCUGCAGGGCCUGCAGGCCCAAGUGACGGAGCGGGACAAGCGAGGUGCUGAGCUGGCGCGACAGCUGGCGGGGCGCGACGAGGCGCUGGACAAGCUCAGGUGCCAGCUGCGGGACAUGAAUGACCUCGUUGCUGCGCUGAAGCGGGCUGGCCUGGAGCAGGCCGCCAGCCUGGAUCAGGUGGAGGCGCACGCAGCGGCGUCGGCCAAAGAGGCUGCCGCCCUCCGCGUCGAGCUGAGCGCCAAGGCGGCUGCGCUGCGUGAGCGCAAUGCGGCAGAGGAGAUGCUUGCGGAGCGGCUGCGGGCCUCGGAGGGGCGGCUGCGGGCCUCGGAGGGCCAGCACCGGGAGCUGCAGGAGGUGCACGGCGCGCUGAAG